AUGGCCGCUAACUACUGGGCUUCGUCCCAGCGCCGACACUGGCUGUUUUCCAGAGAGAAACUAGCAGAUAUUCGUGAUGGAUUAUGGGACAAGGACAAAAUUGCCCAUUCGCAGUUCCCGUUGCCAGACCAACGCCUGUUGAAUAUCUACUGCAACCAACAACUCAUCAAGCUUGGCAAACGCAUGUCUACAAGACAGCAGGCUAUUGCUACAGCACAGGUGUACUUGAAGAGAUUCUACACCAAAAAUGAAAUUCGACAGACAAAUCCAUACCUCGUGCUCACCACGGCCUUCUAUCUGGCCUGCAAGAUGGAAGAAUGCCCGCAGCACAUCCGCUUUGUGGUCGGUGAAGCGCGUGGUCUGUGGCCAGAAUUCAUCACUCCAGAUGUUGCAAAGCUGGGAGAAUGCGAGUUCGCCCUGAUCUCCGAAAUGAGCUCACAACUUAUCGUGCAUCAUCCCUACCGUACUUUGUCAGAAUUGCAAACGGAACUCCAACUCUCCUCUGAUGAGAUUGCACUUGCCUGGUCGGUGAUCAACGAUCAUUAUUUAACAGACCUGCCACUACUGCAUCCUCCUCAUGUUAUCGCGAUCAUGGCCAUCAUUGUUGCUGUCGUCUUCAAGCCUACUCACUCAACCAAUUUCCCUGGCUCUGGGCAAUCUGCAUUAGCAGGAUCCAUGAGAGAUGGAGGGGGUAUGCAGAUGCUGGCCGCUUUGUCUGACAAGUCAGGCUCGGGUCCCCCUCCUAAGAUUACGAAACUCGUGGGUUGGCUCGCAGAAAGCGAAGUUGAUAUCAAAGCUGUGAUCGAAUGUACUCAGGAGCUGGUCUCACUGUACGAGGUUUGGGAGCAGUAUAGCGAAAAAACCUGCAAGGAACUGAUAGGAAGGAUGGUCAAAAGCAAGAACCUUGAUAAGUGA